CGGACCUGCAUUAGCUCCUUCCCUUCCGGUGUUUGGUUCUCCCAUUACACCCACCCAUGAACCGGCGUCGGGGGCUAAUGCAGUCGGUUUUAUGGUGGCUCUAAGUGGGUGGGACGGUUGGCUACGGUUCUGUUGGCCUUUGAAAUGCUGGUUGUUGGGAUGCCGGCAUUUCGAACGGGGAUGGUUGGCUCUUUCGUCCUUGCUGAGCCGACUCUUGGAAGGUGGAAGGGCCAGGCGUUGGGGGCUAAUGCAGUCGGUUUUAGGUCGGCUCUAAGUGGGUGGGAUGGUUGGCUACGGUUUUGUGUGGUCUUGCAUGGCACUAUUCGACGCGACUGUCAUGGGCACCAGGCAUUUGCUGGUUUGAUCCUUGCUGUAGCAGCGAAAACUUGCCGUGAAAGCCUUUUCAAUAUGGUGGGAUCCGCCUUUGUUUGCAAUGGUUUCCUUUGUUCUGUACCCUUUCGGUGGCAUCCUUACGUUCUAACUGCUGAGUUCUGUCGUGUGCCUUCCCGUUUGGGAACCAAAGGGAUGGUUUGGCAACGCCAAGAUGGCCUUGGCUUGGCGUUGGCCAGUGUUGAUCAAGGUCGGGUACUGGCUGGGAUAGCACGAUUGGCUCCGAGGGAAGGAUGGCUAAGGUUGUUGCUGAUCCUAAGCCGAACCAUGGGGCGGGAGUCACUGGCAGGGUUGGCCAGACUUGCAGGAACGAAGUGGCUCACGUGUGGUUCGGUGGAAAACGAAGUUGGCUCAAGUUGGCUCACGGCUGGCUCAGUGAUGGGGGCGCGGCGUGGGGUGCGGCUUGGACCAGAGUGGCUUUGGGUGGAAGCCACGGGUUGGCUAAGGAUGCAUGGCCAGGGGGGCGUGGCAGUUACCAGGCGGGCAGUGCCAUUUGAAAUUCAAAAGGGCGGUUGGCUUUUGAAUUUGAACCAGGGGCGGUUUGGCAUUGGUGUCCCUUCAUGAAGGGUCGUGUCUGGCUAGAUGGUUGGCCUGUAACCAUCACGGUUUUGCCUAUAUAUAUGACUGCCCAUGGCAUGUGUUAGCCAAGCGAGAAAAGGGCUAAAAAUAGAGUUGUUUGGCUGUUCCUUUGUAUUAUACGAGUCUAAUACAAAGUUGGUUAUUUA